UCAUGCUACCGGUAGGUAGGUACUGAUCGUAUGAUCGACUUUCAGGAUUCGUUGAACGUUGAUUGUUCUUGAACAAACGUGUUUGAUCGGCCGUGUGGUACAGGCGGGACAAAAUUAUAUUAAAUAUAAAUUUUAUAAAUAGUGGUGUUCUUCCUUUAUAUAAUUUGUUAUUCACUCAUUUACUCUACGAUGGCCGAACCGAAAGCAGAUAUCGCUCUCAUAGGAUUGGCCGUGAUGGGUCAAAACCUCAUAUUGAAUAUGGACUCAAAAGGUUUUGUUGUUUGUGCCUUCAACAGAACUGUUGAAAAAGUUGACCAAUUUCUUGCAAAUGAAGCAAAAGGAACAAAAAUAAUAGGAGCCAAAUCAUUAGAAGACAUGGUAGCCAAACUUAAAAAGCCAAGGAAGGUUAUGUUAUUGGUUAAAGCUGGUUUUGCUGUUGAUGAGUUUGUGAAGAAACUAGUGCCUCUAUUGGAAAAAGGUGAUAUCAUCAUUGAUGGUGGUAACUCACAGUACACUGAUACACAGAAGUGGUGUGAACAAUUGCAAUCGACCGGCAUCUAUUAUAUUGGAAUGGGUGUGAGUGGAGGAGAAGAUGGUGCUCGUUAUGGUCCAUCUCUCAUGCCCGGUGGUCAUCCUGCCGCUUGGCCCCAUGUUAAACCCAUUUUCCAGGCUAUCAGUGCAAAAGCUAAUAAUGAGCCAUGCUGCGACUGGGUCGGAGAGUAUGGUGCGGGUCACUUCGUCAAAAUGGUCCACAAUGGUAUUGAAUAUGGCGACAUGCAGCUCAUUUGCGAGGCUUAUAACCUAAUGAAGGAUGUCUUGGGCAUUGAACAAGACGAAAUGGCUCAAGUGUUUGAAGAAUGGAACAAAGGUGAAUUAGACUCUUUCCUCAUCGAAAUAACAAGGGAUAUAUUGAAGUUUAAGGACUCUGAUGGUAAAUUCUUAUUACCGAAGAUUCGGGAUGCAGCUGGUCAGAAGGGUACCGGCAAGUGGACUGGAAUCAGUGCCUUGGAGUAUGGAGUGCCUGUCACUCUAAUUGGUGAAGCUGUAUUCGCCCGCUGUCUCUCGGCUCUUAAGGACGAGCGAGUCCAAGCCAGCAAAGUAUUGCCAGGUCCGGUGGCCAAGUUCUCGGGAGACAAGAAAAAGUUCCUGGAAAAUCUUCGUAAAGCUCUGUACGCCAGCAAGAUGAUUUCAUAUGCGCAAGGAUUCAUGUUGCUUAGAGAGGCUGCUAAGGCGAACAAGUGGAAUUUGAACUAUGGCAGUAUCGCUCUCAUGUGGCGUGGAGGCUGCAUCAUCAGGAGUGUCUUUCUUGGCAAUAUUAAGGACGCGUUCACCAAGAACCCGCAGCUCAGCAACCUGCUGCUGGACCCGUUCUUCAGCGAGCGUAUAAGCAACAGCCAGCAAUCGCUGCGGGAGGUGGUCGCCCAAGCCGCUCUCAGCGGAGUCCCCACUCCCGCGUUCUCCUCCGCUCUCGCCUUCUACGACGGAUACCGGGCUUCGGUGUUGCCAGCUAAUUUGUUGCAGGCUCAAAGAGAUUACUUCGGCGCCCACACUUACGAGCUGGUUGACAAACCCGGGAACUUCGUCCACACCAACUGGACCGGCCACGGUGGCAGCGUGUCCGCUUCAACGUACAAUAAUUAAAAUAAUAACAACGCUUACGCAUAAAUUAUACCUCACUUCGGCCAAUAUUCGAGUACAGCUUUCGUAAAAACGUAUUAAAGAAUCAUUAAUUACGAAUCUUUUAUAAUACUGUAACAGUGAUGUAUAGUUGUGAUUUUUUGUGAACAUUCCUUAGGUGUAAGCGCAAUGGUCUAG